AUGCCACGUACCAUUACUUUUGAUAUCCCAUCACAAUAUCAACUAGUGGCUCUUAUCGGUGAGGGAGCCUACGGGACAGUAUGUUCAGCAAUCCACAAGCCAACUGGCAUCUAUGUUGCCAUUAAAAAGAUUCAACCAUUUAGCAAGAAUAUGUUCGUUACAAGAACGCUACGUGAGAUCAAACUGUUAAGUUAUUUCCACGACCAUGAGAAUAUAAUUAGCAUUUUGGAUAAAGUCAGGCCGACUAGCAUUGAUAAGAUGAAUGCCGUGUAUCUGGUACAGGAGUUGAUGGAAACAGAUUUACAGAGGAUCAUUAGCAACAUCUCUACAAAUCCCCUAAGCGAUGAUCACAUUCAAUAUUUCACAUAUCAGAUAUUGAGAGCAUUAAAAUCGAUUCAUUCUGCUCAGGUAAUUCAUAGGGAUUUAAAACCAUCUAAUCUGUUGUUAAAUUCCAAUUGUGAUUUAAAAGUUUGUGAUUUUGGUCUAUCGAGAUGCCUAGCAAGCAGUAGCGAUUCAAGAGAGACCUUGGUAGGGUUUAUGACAGAAUAUGUGGCUACACGUUGGUAUAGAGCACCUGAGAUUAUGUUAACUUUCCAAGAAUACACGACUGCAAUGGAUAUAUGGUCGUGUGGGUGCAUAUUGGCAGAAUUGGUGUCAGGUAAACCACUUUUCCCCGGUAGAGAUUAUCACCAUCAGUUGUGGUUAAUCUUGGAAGUGGUGGGUUCACCCACUUAUGAGGACUUUGAAUCGAUCAAAUCUCAAAGAGCCAAGGAGUACAUUUCUAAUUUGCCUUUGAAGGCAAAACUACCGUGGGAUGUUGUGCUGGGGAAGCAAAAUCUAAAUCCUGAUAUGGUUGAUCUUUUGGAUAGAAUGUUAGCAUUUAAUCCAAAUAAAAGAAUUAGUGCUGCAGAAGCAUUAAACCAUCCAUAUUUGGCGAUGUAUCACGAUCCGGAGGAUGAACCUGAAUACCCACCAUUAAACUUGGAGGAUGACUUCUGGAAAAUCGACAAUGAAAUUAAAAAGCCCAAUGAAGAUGGUGAAAUUUCAAUAGACGUUUUGAAAGCGAUGUUAUAUGAUGAAAUUAUGAAACGCACAGAUUAA